UGGACGGUAUCGGACUUAAAGGAUUUCAUGAUGAGCACUUUUCCUCUCGGAUUGGCCUCAUACAUAGCCGAAGCAGCUCCGAUCAUACACCGUUGCCUUCUACGGCUAGGGUCAUUUCCAUAUCAAAAUACUCCGCACUGCACCCUGUCGCUAGAUGUGCUACGAACAGGAAUGAUUAUUCUGCUUAGGCUGGAAGGAAGCAAGCUGCUAGAUAGAGAUAACAACGAAGCAUCACUUGUUUACCCUGAUAGUCUCAGUGCUGAACAACGAAUCCUGUUGUUUCAAAGCUUGACAGAGUCGCAAGGGAGCUCCGCCAGAUCGGCUCGAAACCUAGGAGACGACUAUCACCUUCACAAAGCUCUUGAAGUUAUUGUGUAUGGGAAUUUUAAGCGCAAUGUGCAGUUUCCGACCGCUGUGAGCCAAGGACCCCAAUAUCCCCCUCCGGAACAUUUUCCUUCCUCAAACUCUACAUUGACAAGCGGAUCAAUCCCAAACGAAGAUUUUAGGCCCCUUCUUCGGCUGAUGCUCCUUACUCAGUUGCAUGUUGCUGGUCUUGACCCAGACAUUUUUACAUUCUCCCUAUCGGAGAUUGAAGCAGCGACGGAUUGCCUAUUGGCAGCAUUCUUACAUGACGGAUGGUCAUCAACCGCUGUAUCCUUUACAGCCUUUGACAACAUUAUUGGCAAUUCAAUGCAAAACGCGUUCCUGGGUCUACGUCGAGUUCUCGGGCCUUUGCAUUCGGCCAAACCCAUUCCAUCCCCGACUCUCCCAUCAUCGGUGACUAAAGCACAGAACGCGUUGAAAAAACUGUUUGCGCCAUCAGUCAAGACACAGCCUCCUCCUAAGGGGCGAAUCAUGAAUCUUCCUCUCCUAAGUCAGCUUUCAAUGAGCCUACCCCAAGACUUUCCUAUCGAAACACCAGAAAUCCUUCAUUCUUCUCAGAAGGUAAAUAUCAAGGCUCUAAAGUCUUGCCUGUCCACAACUGGACUAGCCAGGAUUCUACUGGUGUCUGGAAAGACUAGUCAAGGGGAUGCCAUAUUAGGCGCAUACUUCCCUAAAGAUUCCUCGCCUGCCAGUAUGAAUAUGUCGAGCGUGAUAUUUCAACUGGCACCAGUACAUCAAACGUUUCACCAGGCCGAAAAGCUGUUGCCGUCUAAGGGACCCGAUGUUGAACACAGCAUGCGUUUGACGCUUGCUAUUGAGGAUAUAUCUCUCGUGUUGAGCGGUGAGUCGUCAACAGGAACUUUAACUGCGAAAUCCAGAGAGCACACCAGCCAAGAGUUGCUUGUUAAUGCUGUAGAGGUUCUGAGCUUUCAGGGAUGCAUGGUCAGCAUCGAUACUUUUGAAUAA